UGAGGCAGUACAAAACUCGCAUCAAAAUGGAUACUAAAUAUGAAGAGGAUAAAUCAAAGAAUGGCAGAGGAACAAACGGUUAAACAACGGGGGGCAGAGGGCAGCAUGGAAAUAGCUGGAUUUGUAAUCUAAAACCAUUGCAACCUCACCUUCUCAUCAACUCACUCGAUUUUAAAAGUUUCUCUGUUGGCGAUCGUUUUUCUCUUCCAAAAUCCCUCUCAAUUUCUGUUUCCCAUUACCCAUUUCCAAUUGGAUUGGAGUUGAGAGAAAAUGGAGGCGUUGAUUUCUCCUAAAACCACUCAAGAAGUGGUGGGUGAGAUUAUGAAACUUCACAGAUCUUUGCCGGCCCGGCCUGGAAUUGAUGAAGUCGAAGGCGCCAGGGUCUUGAUUAGCAAUGUCGAUAAGGAAUCCCAAAUGAAACUCGAAGCCAUUGAAAGACAAACCAAGAACCAAGGCGUCCCAGAAGAGCUUUCAAAGAUCUUGCUCGAUAUGCAGAGGAAUUUCAUCGCCUUCAAAAGCAAGGAAGACAAGUGGGAAGCCUUGAAAUUGCUGGAAAUUGAAGAUGUUCACUACCUGUUCGACGAAAUGCUUCAAAGAGCUUCGAAGUGCGUUUCUACUCCUUCAACCUCUUCAACCUCUUCACAAACUCCCGAUACCCUUUCCUCUACUUUCCACUCAGCUUCUACCGCUAAUCAGAACAGAACCUCCGCCGUUCCUUCUGUGUCUGGGAGUAUCAGUUCCUCAACCGCCGCCGCCGCCCCUUCAAGCUUGUUAUACAAGUCCGACAAUGGACCUACAAAAACCACCACUCAAUUAUUCUCUCGAGAUGAUAGUUAUGUCCCAAAAGGCAAGCCAGCGGCGUAUAUGGAUGGCUUUGGAGCUAGACCAGGCGUUUCUUCCUCACCCUUUAUCAAAGAUCCAUCCUUAAAACUUGCAAAUUCUUCAGGUAAAGAUGGUGAUAAAUAUAACUUGAUGUCUCUGGCUAGUUUCAUUGAGAAAGCAAGGAAGGGCGGCAGUCGAAAGCUUGAUCUCCGUAACAAGCUGAUGGGCCAAGUAGAAUGGCUGCCUGAUACUAUAGGGAAGCUAACCAGUUUGGUGUCUUUAGAUUUGUCUGAGAAUCGUCUUGUGGCUCUACCAGAAGCCAUUGGAGCACUUGCCCAGUUGGAGAAAUUGGAUUUGCAUGCCAAUAGGAUCAGUGAACUUCCUGGCCCUUUCACAGAUCUCACCAGUUUGGUUCAUUUGGACCUCAGGGGAAACCAGUUGGUAUCUCUUCCUGCUGCUUUUGGGAAGCUGAUUCAUCUUGAGGAUAUUGAUCUGAGUUCAAAUUUGCUCACUUCACUUCCUGAAUCCAUUGGUAAUCUUGUGAGACUGAGAAGAUUGAAUGUGGAGACGAACAAUAUCGAAGAGAUUCCUCAUACGAUCGGUCGAUGUAUAUCGCUCCGGGAGCUGACUGCCGAUUAUAACCGGCUUAAAGCGCUUCCUGAAGCUAUAGGAAAGAUUGAGACACUAGAGAUUUUGUCUGUGCGUUAUAACAACCUCAGACAAUUGACAACAACCAUGUCCUCUCUUGUGAAUCUGAGGGAGCUUGAUGUAAGUUUUAAUGAGCUUGAAUCCGUGCCAGAGAGCUUAUGUUUCGCCACUAGACUUGUCAAGAUGAACAUCGGAAACAACUUUGCUGAUCUGCAAUCACUACCGAGGUCGAUCGGGAAUCUAGAAAUGCUUGAAGAACUGGAUAUUAGCAAUAACCAGAUUCGGUUUCUUCCCGGUUCGUUCAGAAUGCUAACUCAGCUUCGCGUGCUACGAGCAGAAGAGAAUCCUUUUGAAGUACCCCCGAGACAGAUAUUCGAAAAGGGCGCUCAGGCUGUUGUUCAAUACAUGAUUGAUCUACAUGAGAAUAGAGAAGUCAGAUCACAGCCAGUUAGACAGAAAAAGAAGUGGUGCCAUAUGUUCCUCGUACGUGGUUCAAACCAAAGGCAGAGCAACCCAAUAAGCAACUUGAGGGCUUAAUCAUUUACACCAUUGUAGAGAAGAACAAGCCAUCUUUUUUCUAAGUAAGUUCGCCUCGAAACUUGAAAGUCCGUCCAUACUUGAGCAAGUUAAGACAUAUCUUCUCGAUUAAGAGGUUAGAGAUUCAAAAAUCCUUCUCCGGAUGUUUUUUUGAGGAAAUCCUCCAAGUAAGUUUGCUUCGAAACUUAAAAGUCUGUCCAUAGUUGAGCUAGUUAAGACAUAUAGUCUCGACUAAGAGGUUAGAGAUUCAAAAACCCUUCUCCGGACGUGUUUUUGAGGAAAUCCUCCAAGUAAGUUUACUUCGAAACUAGAAAGUCUGUCCAUAGUUGAGCUAGUUAAGACAUAGUUUCGACUAAGAGGUUAGAGAUCUGAUUUUGAGAAGUGUUUUUGAAGAAAUCCCAUUGAUUUGAAAAGAAAAAUAAAAACUUUGAUUCAUCACAGUUGAUGAAGACAUGGGAUAUGGGCAGGAAGCUGAAAUAGAGUUGUUAAUAGUGGUGUUACAGGGCUGUGAGGAAUCAGAGGCGAAGCUGGGCUUCAUGUAAUGAGUCAACUGCAACGAACUCUGCAUCACACCGUAGAGGAUUCCUCCCCUCUCUGUCUUUGUAAUUUUAGCGUUUUUUUUUCCUCUUUAGUGAAUUUUGUAUUUUAGGAAUAUAAGUGUCUUAGUUUAUAAUUUCAAGUAGGGCACAAUGAACGAAUAUUUAUUUGAUUUAUCAAAAUAGUAAUUAAAUAAUAUAAUUUUCGGUUGAAAUUA